CAGAAAGAACAGUCAAAAUGCAGGCAGGGCACAGGACAAAGCACUCGGGACAAAAUUGAAUUUAGUCAAUGUCACUUUUUGUCAUUUUUAAAUUUCUCGCCGUUCCGUCCCCGUAUGUCCCGAUGUCGCAGGGGAUGGAACCCAGAAGACAGAUGCCGGCAUCCGCCGGAGGACAUUGCCGGGGACACUGCAGGAGGGACAUCGCGGGAGCGCAGCACAAGGUAAUUGAAGAACAGAUCCCGGAGCAGCGCCGCAUGGUAAGCCCGAGUGUAGCUCAGGGUUACCGCUUGUGGUACUGAAA